AUGUCGCGGUCGCCAGACGAGACCAACCUGAAAGAUUUGAACAUGGACCUUCUCUUCGAGCUGGGUUGGUACCCUGCUGAUUCCGUUUAUCCCCAACAUUUGCUUGCUCGCCGGUCUGCCGCUGUCAUAGGGACAUACACACCUCCUGCGGAUCAACCGGAAUACCAUCGAUAUGAGGAGCCCUUGACGAUGCUUGGUGAAGGUUUCACGCCCACAUCUCCGUCGACCCAUCGUUGGCCGAAUCAGAGCACCACACAGUCACCACACUCACCCUAUUCUGCUGUCAACAACAAUGGCCAUCGGGGCCUAGCUACAACUAUUCGGGGCUCUGUGGAUUGCAUUACUCCCCCCACCCCUCUCGUGGCUUCUUCGUCGAUGUAUCCCCAACAAAAUCAGAGCACCGCACAGUAUUUUCGAGCUCUAGCUCCAGCCUUUGAUGACAUGGCAGAAUACACCACUCGGACCGCCCCUCCCAUGGACUUUUCGCCUGGACAGGUAUCACCUUCGCAGGAACCCUCUCACUCAAGAGUCAUUGCUCCAGGAGCUAUAAGAAAUGCCCUCACCAACAGCGCAGCGCCGCCUGUUCAUACCCAUGGAAGUGAAAUCCAUAACCCAUCCCCCAUUUUCCGAUGUGACCAACCGGACUGCACAUACCGUGGUACAUUCUCGGUCAAGGGAUCACUGACGCGCCAUCGUACUGAGCAGCAUACUGCCCCGCGGUCAUUUCCUUGCCCAUCUAUUGGAUGUGACAGGACCUAUUCCCGAAAAUGUCAUCUGAACGACCACCGGCUGAAGGUUCACGGAAUACGGGGUUGA